AUGCUCCAAAGCAGGCAUAAGCGCAAGCCACCUGGUUUUACUGUAGCCAAGCAUUUGGUGACGUUCUAUUUCAGCUUCAGCGCAAAACUCCUUGAGAGCUUCCACUCGAACCGUGCAUGCGGUCGAAACGCGGGGCGCCGCCGGGUGGGCCGCUUGUUAGACACGAGACGCGUCAGACACGCGCCACCGCCGCCGCCGCCGCCGCCGAAGCCCACGUCCCGACGCCAACGCUGCCCAGCCGUGUCGUCGAAACGUGACCGAUCGGUUUGUUUGCACCGGAAGCUCGAGCCCACGCUUUUUCCGCACCGAAACGCGUCAAACCACACACCGUGUACGGGCGACAUUAGACAGUUACAUAGUGUUCCCACUUUCUUGUGUCACCCGGUAUACUUAUAUGACCUGCUACAAACCAUGGCCGGUUUCCUGGUGCAAACGACGCGCCCCGACGUCGACCUCAGUGUGUCGCCCUUUACGCCCCCGCCUCCCCGCGGCCGCCCUCGCGCGGCUCUAUUACUGCUCAUUUACCGGCCAACCUGUUCUCUGCCGCCCCCGUCGGCCUCCGCCCCCUCCCACGAGCCCCCGACGCCGGGCGCGGUGGCGGUGGCGGUGGCGGAACCCACCCACCCGCCCCCGCCCGCGUCAUUACCGUGGGCUUCCGCACGUGAAACGCGCGACACCGUGUUAACCGGGGGCGGCGGGGGGCGGCGCUAA